AUGUCGCUCUCAAAAACAGAGUCCGACGUCAUUCUAAACCGUGCCAAUGUCGCUCUGGCCCGAAGUCAGCGUCUCGUCGCAUCUUGGCUCCCCGCGCAAACAGAAGACGAGUUAGCCAACGUCAAAUCCGAAGAGGAACUACAACGCGAAGAAGAUGAGAUCUUCACUGCCGUCCCAGAGACACUCGGAGUCGGCGCCCCACUCCCCGAAAAAGCCGCCGAUGGAAGCUGGAAUCGCACAGAGCUGGGCUCAAAUGAUAAAUUACGAAAACAAUUACUUGGAAAGAAUUACGAUCGUUUUAUGAAGGCGGAAGCCGAGAAGAAAGCUGCUGCGAAACUGAGUGCGGCGGCGGCGCUGGAGGCCAAGACGGCUGCCACGACGGCGGCCAAGCAACAGGACGAGGAGAGCGAAGAUGAAGAGGAGGGACGGAUGGCUGCCUUGAGCAGCAGGAAUAAAAGGAAAGCUAUGCCAUCGAAGGCUAAGGCCAAGAUUGCCACCGAGGAACAGGAUAAAAACUCCCCGGAGGAUGGACAAGAUGCGCCGUCUACGAAGGAGGCUCCUGUGCGACAGACUACUUUGAAGGGGAAGAAAAAGGCAACAAGCUAUUUGGACGAGCUCCUGGCUGAAAGGGCCAAGAAGAGAAAGAAGAGAUAA